UGGGCAAAAAGCAGGAAGUGCUGAGUCUCCAUUGACAGUUGCAGAUCUGUGUUUACCACAGUAUUUAUGACUCUCUAGUUUAAAAACUACAUGACGGACAGUUUAUUUUUCUCAACGAAACAAAUACUGAUCCCGUAAGCCACGCUUGGAGGAACACAUAUGAUCGAGGUUUAAGGGACCCGCAGAGAAAAUGAGUCGAAGCCGGAACCCUCCGCAGAAGGGCCAGGGGGCCGCAAGGGCCAAACAGAUGGGACUGCUGUUAGAUUUGGCUCCUGAUGAUGGGCUGGAUGACUCUGGAGGAAAUGAGCACGAGCUAGAGGCGGAGCUUCUGGCCCUGAUGGGAGGUGGAGGAGGAAAGGGCGGACAAGCAGGCAAGAAAGGUGGAGGUAAAGCUCCAGUCCCCAUGGAGCACAUAGAGCGGAUGGCAGCGCUGUGUAUGAAGGACUUGGAUGAGGAUGGAGAAGAUGAUGGUGAUUUAGAGAACGAUGCUGAUCUCUUAGCCGAGUUGAAUGAGGUAUUGGAUGACAAUGAAGAGGAGGAGGUGAUCAGGAAGCCCCCUCCAUCACCAUCGCCCCCUCAGCGCUCAAACGCGCCCACAUCCCAAACUUCUUCAGGUAGCCUGGAGUCUCGCCUGCAGGAACGCCUCGACAUGUAUCAGACAGCCAUCGCUAAUGCCAAGGCUGCAGGGGAGACAACCAAAGCACGAAGAUACGACCGAGGGCUGAAGACACUGCAGUCUAUGUUGACGUCCGUUAAAAAAGGGAAACCCAUCAACGAAGAUGAGAUUCCUCCUGCUGUGGCCACUGGUGGAAAACCCGCCCCCACCUCGCAGGCGCAGCCAGUCGAAGAGCAGGAGAAACCUGCCCCGCCAUAUACGCCACCGCAGAUGACCAAUCAGAAGCCCAUGCUUCAAGACAAGCCGGUCGCCCCGCCUAAACCUCAGCUGUUGCAACCACCAUCACAGCGAUCGACAGCCGUUACGCCCGAUACACCAGCCAUAUCGCCCCUCACGCCCAGUCAGCCUAAUGCCCAGCACUCGGAGAUCAAAGCGAGUAUAUUAAACAGACAGAGAGAGUAUAAGCUGGCAGCCAUACAGGCCAAACAAAGCGGUAACACUGACCAAGCCAAACAAUUCUACCUCAUCGCCAAAAAAUUGGACCCCAUGAUUGAGGCUGUUGACAGAGGGGAGAUUGUAGAUAUUAACAAACUGCCGCCCCCUCCUGGAGAUGUCGAAGUUCCACGUUCAAACCCUCCUCAGUUGUCUGCUAAACCUGCCACCCCUCCUGCACCCACUGCCGCCCCUCCUGCUGCACCCACUGCCGCCCCAGUCGUGGCUCUCUCUGCUCCUCGGAGCAUCGGCGAGGCCCUGCAGCAGCGCAUGGACAAAUAUAAAGAAGCAGCAGAAACAGCCAAGAGCAAAGGAGAUGAUCGCAAAGCGCGCAUGCACCAGCGCAUUGUUAAGCAAUACCAAGAUGCCAUCAAAGCUCAAAAAGCGGGACGGCCUGUGAAUUUGGCAGAACUUCCUGUUCCACCUGGUUGUCCCCCACUGCCGGGUGCCGAAGGGGGUGAGCAGAAUUUUAUGGGCGUCCUGGACAACGCCAUGAAACUGGCCAAUCAGGAUGCAGAAGCGGAUGAUGAUGAUGAUGACGAGCCACAAAAGAAGCCAACACCUCAACCUGCUCUUCAGAAAUCAAGAGCUCCCGUCCCUCCCAAAGCCUCGUCCACCGCCAGCACGCCGACUUCCACUACAAAUCCCCCUAAACUGGGUGGGAAAGCCCAGCAGCAGUUGGAAUUCCUGACGGUGCGCAGGCAGCAGUUCGUGAAGGCCGCUUUGCGCUCCAAAGAGAUGAAGGACAUGCAGGGGGCUGCGCAGCACCUGAGAAACGCUAAAGGCCUGGACCACAUGAUCACUGCUGCCAAGGGAGGACUUCCUGUUGACAUCACAAAGGUGCCAGCGGCUCCAGUGAGCGAGGAAGACUACAGGCUGUCUCAGUCUCGAUCGUCCGCUCUGUCUCCUCGAACUGCCGAUCAAUACGCUCAACUGAUGGAACAGCUCAGACUUCAGCAUGAGAAAUGUCUGACUUACUCUCAGCAGUUCACUCAUAUGGGGAAUGUGGGCGAAACUGCCAGGUUCGAGAAGUUGGCUGAAGAGUGCAUGACCAACAUAGACAUAUUGAAGAAAGCUCACGCAAAAGGGAGAUCAGUUCCUAAAUAUCACACUGAGGAGCGAACCUUUAACACUAUCAAGAUCUUUCCUAAUCUGACUGCUAAUGACCUGCUGCUGAUCAUUGUCAGAGGAAUCAACCUGUCAGCCCCUGCAGGAGGUUCUGCUAAUGAUCUGGAUGCGAGUGUGCGAUUCGAGUUUCCUUUCCCUAGCGCGGAGGAAGCUCAGAGAGACAAAACCAGCACUGUGAGAAACACCAACAGUCCAGAGUUUAAGGAGCAGUUCAAACUGAACAUUAAGAGAGACCACAGAGGCUUUAAAAGAGUCGUACAAGCCAAAGGCAUCAAGUUCGAGGUCAUACACAAAGGUGGUCUCUUUAAAACAGAUAAAGUAGUGGGAAAUGCUCAGCUGAAAUUGGAAGCGCUGGAGAACCAGUGUGAGAUCAGAGAGAUUAUAGACGUGUUGGAUGGGCGGAAGGCGACCGGAGGGAAACUGGAGGUGCGCGUGAAGAUCCGAGAGCCGCUGGGUGGAGCUCAGCUGCAGCCAGUGACGGAGAAAUGGCUUGUGAUUGACCCGCUGACCCCUUCGCCAGAGAAAGAGAGAGAGAGACAAAAAGAUAGAGAGAAAGAACGGGCUCCUUCUCCAAGAUCCAAACCCAGAAAUGAUCAUGACAGGAACAUCAAACCGAGCUUAUCUCCUCCACAGUUUAAAAUGCACAGCUUCAGUCUGCUCAACUAUGACAAAGAAAGACUGGAGUGGAAGAUUAGUGAAUAUAAAAAGAACAGACGAGACCCAUCAGAACUCAUCCAGCAGCACAUGGAGAUCUGUCAGAGACUGCAGUGGCAGAAAUCAUACCUGGAGAAAAAUCCUGCAGCGCUGACGGAAUAUGAAAAUGUGCUGCGAAAGUUUCAGCACGGUCUCUCAGAUUCAGUGAAGAAGUUUUCCACCCAAGGAAACAGGGACGCAGCAAAAGAUGCUCUUGGCCGAUUGAGGAUGGUAGAGAAUGAGCUGGAGUCAGUCAGAAAAAAACGGGCCGUCAGAGAGUGAAGAAACGCUGAGUCUGUCUGUGGGAAAAUUGUACUCAUAAGCAGUCCUCAUAUGUUUUAAGUUUCAUAAAAAUAUUAAUGAAUUAUGACAGAUGUAAUUUAACUGCAGACGGCAACUAAACACAACAUUACUACACAAACACACACACAUACUGAAGAAACCUUUAGUAUUUCUGCAUUGUCUCUAAACCAUCAAAACACUAAUAUGUGCUCCAUUGAUUUCUCUUUUGAAAGGAGAGACAUCUGAAUGUUUAAAAGUGAGAUCAGACUGAUCAGCACUGCUCUGAUCUCACCUUUAUUUGAUUUUAUUCUUUUGUUUUGAACACAUAAAGAACAAUCAUGCACUACAGGCAUCUGAUGUCAGCUGAAUAUGAAACACAGAAAUGUCCAGGUCAUAAUUUACAUUGAUAAUAUUGUGCAUUAAGCAAAGUAAGCCUAUUUUAAGAACAAUUAAACACCAUAUUCAUAUUACUGUAAAGCAAAGAAAAUUGCAUUCAUAUUACUAUAAUGUGAAAUACAAUAUUUAUUCAAUUAUUUAAAGAUCAAGUGUUGUAUUGAAACUAAAUGAUUAAUAGGCAUUUGAGGGAAAUGUGCUUAAUUGUUAUAAUAAAAGUAAAACCAGUAGUCCAAAAA